UGCAUGGUUGUUCUUUGCCAAUCGGAUGCUUGCAUUGAGCUAUGUGGUCAUUUCUAUUUUGUCCCUCACGAACUCUGUCAAUGACACUGUAACGUUGUAUGGUGUGGUUCGUGGCGAGCGAACCGAUUGCCAUACUCCUCGCAAUAAUCUCAGAAGCGGUUACAAUAUUGCGAACAUAUGCCGUGACAGGUGGCGAUCGACGGCCUGUUACGCUCCUCACAUUGUGUGUGAUCGUCAAGGUGGUCAUUAGCGUCUACAGUGCCUUCACCCACAUGUCAUAUUCUGUGUUUGUACUGAAUAGCACAGCCAUAUGCAUCCUGUUCAGCAGUUCAACUUCAGCACAAGAUAUCGUUGCAAAGUAUGUAAGCCAGUAUCAUCAGUGAAUCUGUACUGGCUUAUCUGUUUCUCGAUAGAUUGGGCUUAGUCAGUACAGCCUGUACUGCAAUUGCUGUCAUCAUGACCCUUGCAAUUCUCUGGCGCAAGCUAUAUAAUGAGCAUAGACCAUCCACCGUU